GGAACCGCGGCGCUGAGCUAAAGCUAGUCCGAGAAGACCUCCUCUCCGAGUGCUCUAAGAGUUCUCAGUGGGGCGGGGCCAUGCAAAUGACUAAAGCGAGAGAUUGAACGUUAUAGGGUCCUGGAAGGGGAAAGGCCAACCCAGCGCCUACCGCAAGCGCCUGGCUGAAACGCAUCCAGUACUCCCCAGCCAGGACCGAUCCAUGCCAAGAUGGCGGCGCCCAGAGAGGGAACGUCUCAGGAGCUGGAGGCAGCUGUGGAGGAGGAGGAAGAUGCAGGGCACAUGCAGGCAGAUCCGGAGCAGGAGGAGCCGGAGCCCAGGCUCCGAGAAACCCCAGAGGACAUCUCCUUUGAAGCUGCUGCCAACACCAUUGCUUUCCACCCCAGCCAGGACAUCCUUGCAGCUGGCGAUGUGGACGGCGAUGUCUAUGUGUAUUCGUACUCUUGCCUGGAGGGUGGGAACCGGGAGCUCUGGUCCUCGGGACAUCACCUGAAAUCCUGCCGGGAAGUGUCCUUUUCCCACGAUGGACACAAGCUCUUCACCGUGUCUAAGGAUAAAUCCAUCCACAUUCUGAACGUGGAGGAGGGCCGACUGGUGACACGCUUCUCCAAGGCUCACAGCUCAGCCCUCAACAGCCUGCUGGUGAUAGACGAGCACCUCUUUGCCACGGGGGACGAUGGUGGGAUGCUGAAGGUGUGGGACCUCCGCAAAGGCACAGCCAUCAUGGAGAUGCAGCAGCACGAGGAGUACAUCAGUGGCAUGGCCAUAGACGAGAACAAGAAGCUCCUGCUCACCACCAGCGGCGAUGGAACCAUGGGUGUCUUCAACAUCAAGAGACGGCGCUUUGAGCUGCUCUCAGAGCCUCAGAGUGGAGACCUGACGUCCGUCGUGCUGAUGAAGAGGGGGAAGAAAGUGGCGUGCGGCUCUAGUGAGGGGACCAUUUAUCUCUUCAACUGGGACGGUUUUGGUGCCACUAGCGACCGCUUUGCAGUGAAGGCUGAGUCUAUCGACUGCAUGGUCCCAGUCACGGAGAACGUCCUGUGCACAGGUUCCAUCGAUGGAGUCAUCAGGGCGGUGAAUAUCUUACCUAAUCGGGUGAUAGGCAGCGUUGGACAGCACCUGGGGGAGCCCAUUGAACAGCUGGCCAAGUCCCACACCGGUCAGCUGCUGGCCAGCUGUGGCCACGACCAGAAGGUGAAGUUCUGGGACAUCUCAUCACUCUGCUCCGUGGUGGUGGAUGAUUACCGGAAGAGGAAGAAGAGUGGGCAGCUGAAGGCCCUGAGCAGCAAAGCCUUGGGUGGCAGAGAGGACUUCUUUGCUGACCUGAGAGAGGAGGCAAAGGCACCGAAGGAGGAGCAGGAGAAGGAGAGCGACAGUGAUGACAGUGACUGACGGAAGCCCAGUGGCCUCUGGGAGAUUCCAUGGCCAGAAAGCUCCGUGGGGACAUGGACUAUGAAGCCAGCAGAUUCUGCAGCCGUGGGAAGGAUGCGUCCUCACUGUGUUGUGGAAGAAGCUGGAGGCCGAGCUCAUUUUCCCAUAGAGGACUGGCUCAUCUGGGAGUGUUCCUGCAGGCCAGAGUGCUAGCAGGGCCCUUGGUGCAGCUGAGCUGACGAGGCGCAAUGUCCCUCUCUGUGUUCCUCAUUAAAGGCCGAUGGAGGUCAUAUGGGGAGAGGGGCUGGAGCCUCCUGCCAGCUGGGAUCUCCAGGCUUUGUUUGGAAAGAAGCAACGGUCCUGAUGGGAAAGGAGUUUCUCCAGUUCUCUCUCUCCAGGAGGAAACAACAUACCUUGGCCCCCUCUCCACGCUCUGCCCCAGCCCCUCCCUUGUGAGCUCUUAUGAGCAACGGGUGCCUUAUGGGACCAGGGCUGAGCCCUGAAUUCCUUCCCCACUCCUGCUGGUUGGCAGGAGCCUGGAGGUGAAUGUGGUGGUCUGUGGUCCAGGAGCUCUCUCCAAACUCCUUUGUGCACCAAAGAAUCUCUGCAGUGAACAGUGUGAAUUCCAGCCCCUCUGCAUGGAGCACUGGGCCAGGGCCCUAGAGCAUCUGGCUGUGCUGGUCUAAAGCAGGUGCCUGAGCUCUGGGUGCUGCCUGUGGGAUGACACAGCACAGGGUUCCCCGUUGCUUCUGUGUCACCAGAGAUGCUGAAGGCCACUUUCUCAGAACUGCUGCUUAGGCACCUGUUGUAACGAGAUGUGGGACAGGGAGAGGAGUGGGAAGAAGAAUCCCCCCGGCUGCCAGCUGUGUUUCACACCGACCUCCUCCCUGGCCUCUUGAAGUUUGCUACAAAGUACUGAGCUCAGAGCCCCUUUGCUGGCCCAGGCGAUAUGGGCACUGCUGCCAGCUGUAUUUCUGUCAGGCCAGGCUCUCCCCAGCUACCCUCACAACUUCUCCUCCCUCUAAAGGUGUCUUCAAAAAAAACAACAGCCAGUUGCACCAGCUUCUCUCCAAGCUGAGAAGAUUCAUGUAGACAAGAAACUUGGAUAAGCCACAGUGCAGGGCCCAGGUGCUGCCUAUCUGAGGAGAGUGACUGAUUCCCAUUGUGAAUUUGUAUGUGAAUAAACCAUCAGGAAGCCUCUGU